CCAUAGAAAUUAACUUCUAUUAAAACUCUUGAAAACCCUAAACUUACCCUAUUGAAAAAAAAUUAUUUCCUUUUUUCAGUCAUGAAAGAGAGAUUUUGAGUUAUUAUCUUCCCUCUUACCUCUCUGUAUCACUCUGCCGCUGCCGCUGCCGCUGCCGCUGUCGUUGGCAUUGACGCCAUUGAAAACUAAAUGGCUUUAGGGCACGAGCAAGUUGGUGUUAAUAAGUUCAAGCAAUUCGAUUGCGUUGUUGAUUAUUCAGAUCAUUAUUAUUAUCAUCAAUCCAAGCCGAACCAAAAGAGCAACAGCCAUGGAACGAUGAUGAUCAAUAACAGGAACACCAUGAAAAGGAUCAUGAAAGAAUGGGAAAUCUUAGAAAAAAACUUACCAGCAUCAAUUUUCGUUAGGGUUUAUGAAGGGAGGAUUGAUCUUUUAAGAGCCGCCAUUAUUGGAGCUUCAAAAACACCGUAUCACAAUGGGCUUUUCUUCUUCGAUUUACAGUUCCCUUCCGAUUACCCCAACAAUCCACCCAAAGUAUAUUACCGUUCUUUUGGUUUGAGAUUAAACCCUAAUUUGUACAAUAGUGGGUACGUUUGUUUAAGCUUAUUGAACACUUGGGGCGGUAAAGGGACUGAACGGUGGUGUCCCGAUAAAUCGACGAUUUUACAAGUCUUGCUUUCGUUACAAGGACUGGUUCUUAACGAGAAACCGUAUUACAAUGAACCGGGGAUUAAACCGGCGUGGUCUUGGGAAUCUUACAACGCCGAUGUUUUCGCUUUGUCUUGUAAAACGAUGCUGUAUUUGAUGAAAAAACCGGCGAGGAAUUUCGAGGGUUUUAUCGCCGCGCAUUUUAGAGACCAUGCGAGUGUUAUAUUGAAAGCUUGUGUUGCUUAUCGGAACGGCCGGGUUCGGGUCGGGUUAUUCGACGGUGAUGCUCCGGUUGGGUCGAAGAAGAAGAAAGUUAAUGUGUCGAAGAAAUUUAAGGAUUCCAUGAAUGAGCUUUACCCUGAGCUUUAUAAAGCUUUUAAUCGCAUUGGUGCUUCGGUGAAGAACUUGCCGGAGAAGUUGGAGGAUGACGGAGACGGAAAGCCGGCGAAUGGUAUUAUCGGAAAACUAAAAAGGUUUUGGGAAGCCAUGACAGCUUAGAUGAAAGAACUGGUAGGCAAAAAUGGUAUAAUCUUUUUACACUUGGAUUUUAGUUUUAUUAUUUUGCAGUACUAAGCUUGGUUAAUCUCUCUUGGAGUUUAUGCAUUUUGAUGUGAAAUUUAGUUUUUCUUUUUUAAUUUUAAUUCCAACUCAAAAAUUCUUAUUGGUGAA